UUUAAAAAAAAACAUUUUUAUAAGAUAUCAAAUCCGGGUCAUAAUUCAGAUUUGUCUAGUUUCUUUCGAGUGCUUUUGCAAAAAUGCCUCCACAUCCACAUACUCACUGGCGAGAUGCACAGGCAUGGAAAAGUUUUGGUUUGGAAAUGUCAACGCCCAGCGAUGAGACAUGCAAAAUGUUUGACGCCACCCUGACACAGAUGGUAAAUCAUUACGAUGAUGAAGCAUUAGGUGGAAUGGAAAAAUGUCUGGAGAGGAUGCUCACAGCUGAUCCAGAGUUUGUCCUUGGCCUUGCAAUGAAAAAUGCCUUUGCCUCGAAGCAUGUUUACCAGGACUUUACACAUGCAAAGGAAGUGUACCGGAUGAUGGAAAUUGCGAGUCUACCGCAUGUGAACAAAAGGGAGCGCAAUCAUGCGAUUGCGGUGAAAUUGCUUUCGGAAGGGAAGUCAAAAGCGGCUAGCCUAGUAUGGGAAGACAUUCUAGUUGAACACCCAACAGAUAUCCUGGCAGCAAAGUUCCUGCACGAUACCUACAUCCUGAAUGGCAACUCCCUAGGGUUGCGACACAGCUGUGCGGGUGUGGUGCCCUAUUGGAAACCGGACAUGCCUUUUUAUGGAGAUAUGCUUUCAAUGUAUGCGUUCGGACUUGAAGAAACCAACACUUUCACUGAGGCCGAGAAAUAUGCUCAAAAGGCUCUGGAAAUUAACCGACAUGAUACGUGGGCUACCCACUGUAUUGCUCAUAUUAAUGAGAUGACAGGCGAAGCCAGGAAGGGAGUGAAGUUCAUGGAACAGACAGAAAAUAACUGGAAUGAUGAUGGCCUGCAGUGUCACAACUACUGGCACUGGGCCCUGCACUACUUUGAGAUGGGGGAAUUUGAAACAGCAGUAAGCCUUCUUGACAAACAGAUUCUACCCACCAUGAGCAAGAAUAAAUCCUGGUUCAGCUUGACGGAUGCAGCCUCGCUGUGUUUUAGGUUAGAAGCAGAAGGUAGGCCAUGUUACGACAUUGGUAAGCGCUGGUCGUCAUGUAGAGACGUAGCAAGUGAGCACCUUGAUCAUCACAUGAUGUCAUACGCAGAUUUUCACGUGCUUAUGUCAUUUGUAAGGGGAGGGGACAAGGAGCUUACUGACAGAAUGAUUUCAGGAAUCAAGGAGACUAUCAGGAACGAUGAGGGUGACAUUGCCGUAGAUUAUAAAGAAUUGACGUUGCCCGUCAUGGAAGCCCUGAUGGCAUUUGACGAGGGGGAAUAUGACACGGCGGUGACAAUAAUGAGGCCCCUGAAGUAUCAGAUGAGCCGCAUAGGCGGCAGCAAUGCUCAGAGGGAUGUAUUCAAUUUACUCACCAUCCAUGCAGGCAUAAGGUCAAAAAGUCCAGAAAGCCAGAAAUAUGCCAGCAACCUGCUUAUGGAGAGAAAGCAGCUGAAGGCAGAAAGUCCUUUGGCAGAAAGACUGCUUCAAAGGAUUGUGCUUGCCCACUGAAUUGUGAAAUAUGCGGACAAUUUAUUAUGGUAGCAAAAACUGUAUUCUGCUUCCUAUAUCCUGGAACCUGCGCUAACAUAAUAGUCAAGUUGCCAUAUGUAACAAUUGUUGCAUAAUAAUGAUACACACACACAAGUUAUUUUUUUAAUAUUUUUAUAAUCUGACAUAAUCAUUUAAUGUUUUAAUUGCUUGCUUUGUAUCAAAGCAAAAUAUAUGUUUAUGAAUAACACUUGAAGUUUAUAUUACAGGUGAGUUAUAAAAACAGGAAUGUCAGAGGUGUUGUUUGUACAUUCACUAAAUUUUGACAAAACACUAUUUAAACAGUCGCUGUUUAUCCCUAUUAUUGAUACCUAUCAAGUUGUUCAAGUAUGUGCCGUAAACUCUUAAACUUCUCUUACUAUAUUAAGUGCAGCAACAACAGCGGCCAUUUCAUGUUUCGCUAGGUUUGUUUAGCAAAGCCUUGUAGCAGGGUUUUUUAAUAACGCUUAAACCAGCCUUUUGCCAAAAUUAAUGGUUCAAGUUGGCUUUUUACCAACAUAAAAUUUACCAAUUUUUGUUUAAAAAUAUUAUCAAAACAUAGGGUAACUGGGUGGUACCAUUACCAUACCAGAUUGUGUUUAUUGAAUUUUACACUCAUAAAUUUUGGUUUUGAAUUCUUUCUUCUGUCAACCUUGAUCUGGUUUUUGGAGAAUUUUUUUUUUUAUUCCCGGGGAUAUUGUCAUUGAUCCUCCGCCAGGGGACUGGGGGAAAGGGUUGGAAUUCCAGGGGAUACUGAUCCCCCGCCAGGGGACUGGGUGGAAGGGUUGGAAUUCCAGGGGAUACUGAUCCCCCGCCAGGGGACUGGGUGGAAGGGUUGGAAUUCCAGGGGAUACUGAUCCCCCGCCAGGGGACUGGGUGGAAGGGUUGGAAUUCCAGGGAAUAUUGAUCCCCGCCAGAGGACUGGGUGGUCGGAAUUCCAGGGGAUUUUCCCCUGCCGGGGGAAAUAGCAUGAACAUUUUAUGUAUAAUACUUUUAAAAGUUUUAAUAUAUGCUUUUUAAUGUUAUUGAUUGUUUAAAGACGUUUCCAGGCAUUCAUUGCUUUAUAGUAUUCAAAUAUAUGUGAUAUAUGUAAAUUUUGCCUUUACAUAAAAAAGAUGUUCUUGAUUGUUGAGAUAUAGUUAUAUCAGUUAUAUGACUGAAACACAAAUAAAUGCAUAAUUUAAUGGCAACCAAGUUAUCUUUAAAAAAAAAACAUAAAAAAGAUACCAUUUAUAAUUUUACAUCUUUUGUUCACUAGAAUAAGCUUAUAAAUAAGUCCCAUCUUUGGUAAAACCAACAGGCAAAUUCAAUUUUAAAAAUUGUAAGUUUCAAAAAUAAUAUUUUAUUAAACUUUAAGGCAGACAAGCACAAAUGCUUUUAUGACAUUAUAAAGUACAAAUAAGUGACAAACUUUUUGAACUGUAUUUUUAUAACAGUAUCAGUUUUAAAUUGCAAAAAAAGCAACAAAAAUAAAAGGCAUCAGUUUUAUCUGAUUUUUUUUGUCACAAAUUGAGAUCCCCUUUUUCUUAAUUUGUUAUACAAGUGCAAUUUGAACAAUUUCAACUUUGACUUUUGUAUUGUUGUGAUAACUUCAUAUAUUUGUGUUACACUUGGCUGCCUUUUUAAUGUAUGCAUUUAUUUGUAGUGCAGUCAUGCAGGGAUGUGAUUGACCUGGCAGCUGGGGGGCUGAAACAUUUUCGGCCAUGGGUUUAUGGGGCGCUCUUGGGGUCAAAAGCGCACUGCUGUAGAAGAAAAAAUGGCUUUUAGAAGCUCUUUUGAGGGUUCUCCUGACUUUAAAUUUGAAGCAAACUGGAAUAUAAACUUAAACAACAGAAAGCAACAAAAUAAAAUUAAAAAUUCAGGAUUUUUUUAUAUUAUUUUUUUUUGGGGGGGGGGGGAUCUCAGGGGCCAUUUGAAUCACAUCCCUGUCAUGUGUGUGUUAAGCAUUAUGUACGAUAGUUCUUGUAUUCAUCCAACUGGUUUAUAUUAUUUGGUAUAUCUAUGCUUUUUACAAAAUCAAAAAAUUUAGUCUGGUCUGGUUCUGCUAUCUGCCCUCCCCAUUCUCAUUCAUCAGAGGUUUGAUAAUGAUAAAUCUAACCUCUGAUUCAAAUGCUCCAAAAUCGAGUGCAAAACCAUCAAUAGAUCAUUUUCUUGAUAUCAUCAUCGACCAAUCAAAUUACUCGUUACAUUAAGCAUACUUAAAUAUUCAACACUGACCAUCGAUACUCUGUUUUGCUACUAAUUUAUUUUUUCAUUACUUCGCAAGGGGGAGGACAUAAUUUUGUUUCAUGCAAAACAUUAAGUGAGAAUAAUGUUUUCAAAAUUUAAAGAAAUAGCCACUUACCAGGCAAAAGUUGGUACCAGAAUCGGUACUUUUCAUUCUAAAUCCGCCAUUUGUUUGCCAUGAAACAUUUUACUCGCUUAAUGUUUGCAUGAAAUGAAAUUACGUCCUCCCCCUUGACUUCGGUCAAGUUAAUUAAUUAUUCGUUUUGAUACAAAUAAGGGUUUUCUUAGCAAAUAUCUUUUUUCAUGUACGCUUAGCAUCAUCACUCUGGUUAACAAGAAUGGCCCUCCCUAGCAUGGUAUUUUUUUAAGUGAACACACUGUCACAGUGUGUGUACACCACAUGAUAAAUUGCGUCAUAAAUGCUACGU